GAUAUACGUUCCGAGCAACGCAGCGUGUUAUCAUUCCGCGACUUGCCACCGGUACGGACGCACGCUUUGCUAAAUUCAAAAAGUUCGAUUUUCAAAUAUUUUCACCGCCUCAAACGUAUUUUAAGAAACAGACUAAGGAAAAAAUAUAUAUUUUUGCAGUGUUUGUGCCUAGUGUUCCCGAUCGGUUUUUUGUUUUUAUUUAUACACAAGUGAACCGAGAUGGCAGGUAUUAGAACAGUAUUCGCGCCGCAAGGUGUGGCGGCUGCCGCUUCUAGUCAUAGGAUAAGCAUAUGUCUAGUUAUAAUGUUAUUAUUAGGUAUUCCAAGUGCACAUUCCCAGAUAGAGAAAUUGUAUAUCGACGCAACUGAUCUGAAUAUUUUAGUAGACGAAACACAUCUGCUGAAGCUUGUGCAAGUCGGGCAAUAUAACGAAACACUUCUAGUGACGUCCCACGUGCAACACCCGGAUAUAGUGCAAUUAGUGCCGCCAACGGUCGAGAUACCGGGGUCCAAAGAGCCCAACACUACCGUAGAGAAUACGUACGACAUUUGCGCGUAUGGCAAGAGCCCCGGACACUCCGAGGUCACGUUUAACGUCACACCGACUGGGUUUGUUAACAUGGACUCCAUAUACCUCCGCAUAACAGUGAUGCAUUCCAACGCGAUCAACGUGAUCUCUUACAUAAUGGGCUGGAUUUACUUCGCCGCGUGGUCCGUGUCGUUCUACCCGCAAAUUUACAUCAACUUCAAGAGGAAAAGCGUGGUCGGUCUCAACUUUGACUUCUUGGCGCUCAACAUCAUGGGAUUCACCAUGUACUCGCUGUUCAACUGCGGCUUGUAUUUCUCUUCCGAAAUUCAGGCUGAGUACUUCAAGCGUCACCCGCGCGGAUUGAACCCGGUGCAGCUGAACGACGUGUUCUUCUCUCUUCACGCCUCCUUCGCCACAUUCAUCACCAUCUGCCAGUGCUUCUUUUAUGAGAAAGAGGACCAGCGCGUGUCGACAGUGGGCCGCGGGAUACUGGGCGUGUUCGUCGCCAUAGUGAUCGUGACCGCGAGCAUCGCCACGGCCGGCCACAUGGCGUGGCUCGACAUGCUGUACGCCUGCAGCUACAUCAAGCUCUGCAUCACGCUCAUUAAAUACGUUCCCCAGGCCUACAUGAACUACAAGCGCAAAUCGACAGUCGGCUGGAGCAUCGGCAACAUAUUCCUGGACUUCGUCGGCGGUUUCCUGUCCGUGUUCCAGAUGGCGCUGAACGCUUACAACUACAACGACUGGGUGUCGUUCUUCGGCGACGCUACCAAAUUCGGCCUCGGGCUGUUCAGUCUCGUCUUCGAUAUAUUCUUCAUGUUACAACACUACGUGUUCUAUAGAGAGGGCAAAGAUUUUGUGAUGGUAAACAGUAGUGAUGAAGGUUCGGAUAUGACCAGCAGUGGUGAAGGGCGAGAGUUCUUUUUAUUGGUCGACAGUUGGAACGCUGAUGAAAAGAAAUAUAACUUGGACGUGAAAGCGUGAUGUACCAAUCACGUGACUAACAAGUAUCAAAAUUAUUCUCCUGCCUUGUGGAUAUCGUCAGUUGGGAAGAACUACUAUGAUCAUGGAUCUUAAUUAAGGCAAUAUUUAUUUAUCGAUAGAUGAAGUAAUUAAAAAGGCGAGGUCGAUAAAUUCCAUAAUUUCAUCGAUAUUUUGGCAUUACAUUACGCAAUUUUUUUAUGUCUCGAGAAUACCUUACUCCAAUGGCAUUUUCACAAAAUUUUGCAGUAACUUUUUUUCGAACUACGUCAGGUUUAUUUUCAUUUAUACUUUAUACCAAUGCCAUAUAGUUAGUAUUCGUGUCUUAAGUCUUCUGACUAUAAAAUCGGAAUACCUAUUUCUUAAAUAAGUUCCUUUGUUUUUUAGAGUAUUAAUAAUAUAGUUAAAGUCGAUAAAUUUAUAUUGUAUAAGUAAAAAAUGGACUAUAAACUUUUUCAAAAUUUAUGUUUGUUGCAUUGUAUAAAACUGACUGAAGAAUGUUUUUCUAAAAAUAUGCAGUCUAUUUUUAUAUACGAGAUAUUUAUGUAUUAUAAAAAGGUUGUUUGACUUGGUAUGCUAGAAAGAGAUGACAAGCUUGCUGCAAUGUGCUUUAAAUAUGCGUGAAAAGGACAAAGCGAUGUAACUAAGUUACGUGAUAAACGGGUACCGCCAUUAUUAGAAAGAGAUAGUAAUUUAUCUGUCCCAUGUUAGAGUGAGAUGAGUAUAUCCGAAGUUAUUUUCGCCUCAAUUGUCAGUAUUGUAACGUCGUCUUUCAAGCAUUUAAAAGUAAAUUGUUAUAAAAAUGGAUACUAAAAAUAUAAAAAAAUAUGAUUUGUUAUUGUUGUUGAAUGACAUAGUCAUUAUUUCGAAUAAUCUGUGAUGAAUGACACAUUUUAUAUUAAAAUGUGCGUGAAAUAAUCGCUGCAGUUUUGUUUUCUUUACAUCCUCAAAAUUAAAAAAGCAUUUACUUUUUAUCGACAACCGUUUCCUCAUCCCUAUCAUAAAUUAAUAUAAAUUAUAUUUUAAUAAGAAUAUUAAUGCAAUAAUUUUAAAAGUUAGUUUUUAUACAAUCUCAUACACGAUGUUUGUUAGAAUAUAUUUUAAUUAUAAAUUUGUUAAGAGUUAGAUAAGGUUUUGUGCAUGGUAUUUGUAAAAUAAAUUGAUUGUGAUUU